UGAAUAUUAAUCAGGAUAUGUGUCAGGAAGGUUACCAAUCAACUCGAUUAAUAUUCAUGAGCUCAGGUUUCCCCGUGAUUCUGCCUCCGGUUCACACAAACCGUUGCGUAAAACAGAACUGGGGUAUUAUUUAUCACUUUAUUAAAUUAAAUUAUUAUAAAUAUUAUUACACUGUUUCUAAUCGCAAAGCGCGUGCGUGACGCGUCGGUGGGCGUGUCCGGUAAGCCAGACGUCACACCUCCGACCGUACCGAGAGGCUGAACCGAGUCCGCCGCCGCAGAGCCGCCUUCAGCAGCAGCGCACUAGGCGGAGAUCCCGGACGGAUCCAGAUGUGUGACUGUUAAUGUGAGCAAACGUUCCGCGCCGAACUCAGGGAAUCAAGCGCCAUGGCUCAGGUCGGUAACGGAGCGGACGGCGCGGAACCGGAGGAGGACUGUUUUGAAGAUGCUUUCGAUCGCAUUCCAGUGGCGUCUAAGAUGGAUCUGCGUGCGUCUAUAGAGGAGUGCAGCAUGGCCCUCAACCUCGUCCUCAACAACAAGUUCUCUGAAGCGCUGGAUCUGCUCAGACCCUGGUCUAAGGACAGCAUGUAUCACGCUCUGGGCUACAGCAGUAUUCUGGUCAUGCAGGCCACCAUGACCUUCGAGCACAAAGACAUCCAGGCCGGGAUGGCGACCAUCAAAGAGGCCUUACAGACCUGCCAGAGGUUCAGGAAACGAAACUCGGUGGUGGGGUCCAUCUCCAGCCUGAUGUCCAAACAGUCGCCAGACAGCCUGAAAGCAGACGAGAUGCAUGCGGAGAUCUGCUACGCUGAGUGUUUGCUGCAGAAAGCCACGCUGACAUUCGUGCAGGAUGAAAACAUGAUCAGUUUUAUUAAAGGAGGAAUCAAAAUACGCACAAGUUAUCAAAUCUACAAGUGGUCUAAGGACAGCAUGUAUCACGCUCUGGGCUACAGCAGUAUUCUGGUCAUGCAGGCCACCAUGACCUUCGAGCACAAAGACAUCCAGGCCGGGAUGGCGACCAUCAAAGAGGCCUUACAGACCUGCCAGAGGUUCAGGAAACGAAACUCGGUGGUGGGGUCCAUCUCCAGCCUGAUGUCCAAACAGUCGCCAGACAGCCUGAAAGCAGCGUUACUCAAUGAAAUGUCAAUGUUUUUCCCCCAGGGCUCAAUUAUCCUGUUUUACUCAGCUCGCAUCGCCUUACUGAGGGGAAACUUUGAGAAGGCGCUGGUGAAGUUCCAGGAGUGUAUCUCCGCGCAGCAGCAGUGGCGUCAGAUCCAUCAUCUGUGUUAUUGGGAGCUGAUGUGGUGUCACUCGUUCCAGCAGCAGUGGAGAGACGCGUAUCGAUACGCAGACCUGCUGUGCCGAGAGAGCCGCUGGUCUAAAGCCAUCUACGUUUAUCAGAAAGCUGCCAUCCUGAGCAUGAUGUCUGAGGAGGAGCUGAAGACGAGCGGAGAGGACGUGGUGGAGCUGUUCAGGCAGGUGGAGGGACUGAAGCAGCGAUUGGCCGGGAAAUCCAUCCCGACGGAGAAGUUCGCCAUCAGGAAAUCACGCAGAUACUCGUCAGCCACGCCCGUUAAACUGGUGAUUCCUGCGCUGGAAAUGAUGUAUGUGUGGAACGGCUUCACUAUAGUUGGGAAACGUGCGGAUGCCACUGAGAGUUUACUGAUCACCAUCGAGAGAGCAGAGGAGCAGCUACGCAACGAUCCCAACCCGUCUGAGUUCCAUCCUGAUGAUCAGUGUCUGGUUCAGAUGUUGAAGGGUUUGUGUUUGAAGCAUCUGGGCCGAUUACUGCAGGCUGAGCUCUGCUUCACACAGGUGCUGAGCAGUGAGAAGCACAUCCGUUACGAUCACUAUCUGAUCCCCUUCACCCUCUAUGAGCUGGGUUUACUCUACAAGCAGCAGGGCGAUUACAUCAAAGCCACGCACUUCAUCGAGGACGCCAAGUUGAAUUAUAAGGACUAUUCAAUGGAGUCUCGUCUUCAUUUCCGCAUCCACGCAGCUCUCAGCAGUCUGAAGUGUUCUCCGACAAACUCGCCGUGAUGACAGACGAUCAGCGCUGACGCGGAAAGAACACGACAAGCACAUCACGACGGUCACUGAAGCACCAAAGCAGGGCGGCGUAGUGAUCUGUAGAGAAACACAUUCACUGACCAUUUCAAACCAAAGUCGACGUUCAGUCAUCAGUAACUAGCAGACAUGUACCUCAAACCUGACGAUUUGAACACUUAUUUAUCCAUGUAGUUUAAAUACAGAGUCUUACGUUUGU